UUAGCGCAUCCAACCAAGUUCAUCAUGAGCAGCACUGGCCUGUGAUUUCGUAAGCGCGUGUCGUAGUGGUGUGGUAAGCCGGGGAAUAAUCACCGGGCUCUUGCGGCUUGCGCUUGUGAUAUCAGCAAUCAGCAAUUUGUUGCGACGAUUCGUCCCGUGAACACGCGACAAGCGUGACAACGACACGUUCGCGAAUGAUCUGGGCAUCGCGCACGCGAAACAAGGUUCCCGCACUUAUCCGAGGACGAGGAUCAUGUAUACCGUGUCGAAAGGACCUAGCAAGAUCGUAGCGAAAACACGACGAGGGAUCAGUCAGAAACUCGAGAGGUUGGAUACUCUACGCGAUAUGACGAGGAAGACCGAUCCCGAGGACGACCACGAGAUCACCCGUAAUGUACCAAAGCCAGUCUUUCAUAUGAAUGGGAAAUCAAAGCUCAUCUCACAGCGACAUCAGAUGCAAGAAGACAUUUCGCCACAGCAUAAGGAACUUGUCUUGUAUAUUAGACAAUCAUGGAAUCAAGUUAGUACGCUGCAAAGAUGCGAGUGUUGCAAUGGCACAGAAUGUACAGAAUUUUGCAAUUCUAAUUCCAUAGUAUAUUACAAUGAUGGUGAACCAAAUGAUAGCCUUCAAGAUUUCAAACCAUUUGAUUUGGAAUCUUGGUGGGGCAAACGAUUGUUUAACAACAUCACGAAGUCGCUCUGAAACAUUCAAAAAACUGAUAGCGUCCUGAUAGAUGUCCUAAGGAUGUACUUGAAAGUAGUCUAUAAUGGGGCAACUGGUACACUACAAAUAAGUCAAUGUCACGUUUUAAGUCUGAUCUGGUGAAAAUUGGUAAGGGAAUAGUUUAAAUAUAAAUUACUCGGACGAAAGUGCAAGAUACUAUAUCGAAUCCUGUCAAAUUACCAUCACAUUGCUCGAGUCGUGUAUAACUACGAUCGCAUCACACUUAUUUGUUAUAAAGUAACAAAUCAAUACGUAUAUCCGAGAGCUUCGAGAAUGCACACGCGUACGCAAUAGUAGCAAAUACCGUUAGUGAUUAUAAAAUUGUUUAUUGCCAAAUUGUUAAUAACAAUUGUUGUUUAUAUGCAUUUGUUAACGAUCUUUCUACAGAAUAUAGAUAACUUUUUUGUUGCUCUAUUAAAUUAGAAUUGCUCAAUUUUAAUAGUGUACAGGGAAUGUCGUUGACAUUCUUGUACACAGAGCUUCGAAAGGCAGCAGCAGCAAAGUUUUGCGAAACUUACAGUAGACAAUAAGUAGAAUAACGCUAAAUAUGCGAAUGCAAACGUCCCAUCGUGUUAGAAAAAAAUAUACUGAUUUUUGAUUAGGUUUUAAAAACACAAACAACUGAAGCCCCGAGGACGUCAUACAGUGUAUACCAAUGCAUAUACCAAAAUAUUUAAAUACAAGCAAAGAACCCGUGCUGUGCGGUAUGAAUCCUGCGUGAAGUUGAUAAUGAUGACUUUUUUAAUCCUAGAUGGCUGUACAUAUUGCAUGCAAUGAUCGCGUGAAUGCAUGACAAUGUUACGGGUAUUGUUACGACGAUUGUGUCUGAAUAUACUUUUACGUAUGAGCAAGGAUUUAGCGUAAAUUCGUAGACUGAUAAUAUGUAAGAAAAUUUCAUAUUGUUAUUCGCUGAGAGUCAUAUUAUUCGCAUUAGCUUGAAGCUAGUAAUGGAAAUCCAUUGCAGAGUUUGCUCAUCGAAUUGCUAUAUUAUGGCAGAUUAAAUUGUUUCUUCCUCGCAUUAUUACGUAUUUGUCGGGCUACUAUAUAUGUAUAAUGGAUCUCCGAUUAGCGACAAUUUAAAUGCCACAAUAUAUCGUGUGUUCGAUAAAGCAAAGCUCGCAGGAGUAGUCGUGAUGUAGCGUAAAUCAAAUUCGGCCACGAGCGGCUGAAUUACACACAAUCAUGAAUAAAUAUCUCUUUAUACAC